ACCAGAUAUCCGGAAAAAUCUGAUCUAGUCAUAGCUUCGUCAAGCCUUGUUUCAAAUGGCCAUGAAAAAAUACAUGAUCUUCUCGAUAGCAGUGACUUUUCUGACACUAGUCCUGAAUCGGGUGAAGUUUUAGUAGCUAGGCCUGCAUCACAAAACAUAGCAGAUUCUCCACCUUAUGGUAAUGUGGGUUCUCGUUCAAGGCAAAAACAAUCUAUUUUUUCUGCUCCUGCAUCUGAGGAGGAAGUUUCUGGCCCAAAGAUUAUGCCCCUAUAUCGUCAUUCCAAUUCAGUUGAUAAUAAGCGUCUAUCACAAACAGAGUCUAGCAGCAUUGCUGUCACUGCACAGAAUUCCAAGCCGCCAUCUUCUUUCUGCUCUCAAAAGGGCUCCCACUCUACACAAAUGACUAACAACGAAGUUUCAUUUGAUUCGGAUACUUACGGAAUCGAGAAAUGCAGCUUCCAUUCACCUCCAACAAAGGCCAAAUCGGCCGAUUCUACAAUUGAUCCAGCCCUCCCUAAUAACUCAUGCUAUUCUACAGAUCAGGAACUACGAGCAGAGUGUUUUUUAAAGCCGAUAAAAAUGGUUGAUAGGAAAUUUAGUGAGGAAGCUGAAGCUCAAAGUAAACUUUAUCCCUCAAGUACUUCACCAUCCUCCCCGGAGUGUAUAGUAACUUCCAGACCAUUAACGGGUACAAUCGUUGGCUGUUGUCAGGCUCUCUAUUCUUUCUCAGUCAAGGAGCCAAAUGACCGGGCCGAUUCUGGGGUAACUCUUAGUAAGUUGUGCGGAGUGCACACCCUUGGGGAAAUCAUAGGCCAGAUUGAAGCAAAUAAUAAUACAUGCCAUCAUAUUCGAGUUACGCCAUUUGAAAGUGUAAAUAUCGUUUGA